UGACUGUGUGACCCUUCUCCCCGCCCGCGCUGCCACCAGCCCUAUAAAUAGAGGCGAGGAGCAGCUGGGCUCUCUUGGCAGUCACCAUGAGGGCGCUGGUUCUGCUCUGCUGCUUUGUGGCGUCGCUCCUGCUCCCAGGACAAGCAGAACUGCAAGUUUCUGCUUCGGGUGGCACAGAAGAUGUUGGCAAUUUGUUGGAGAAUCAUUUCUCUGCUGGAGAUGCAAGUCUAGAGGAGAAGGAAAGGGCGCUUUAUGCAGAGGCGGCCCCUCGAGAGAAGAACCUGCUCCUUCACUCCCCAGAUGGCAGGGAGGCUGAGAGCUCGGAGAAGACUACUGCAGGGGCCUCCACCGCUGCCCCCAGCCCAGGCUCUGACCCUGAAGCCAGCCUUUCCAAUACCUCAGCCUCAGCUCCCCCCGGGGACCCUGUGGAGCAACCAGGAGCAAGCACCCUCCCUCCAGAAGGGGAGGAGGGAACGGGGAAAGAGGGGAGGCCAGAGCUCAGUGUGAGAGAGGGCCCAGCAGAGGAGGCAGAAGGACAGGCUGGGAAUGGCGUGGUCACUGAGGAAGCCAAGGAGGUCCUAGGGGACAACCCUACGCAGGGAGCAGCUGCGGGCACUGCAGAGCCUGAAGGCACAGGGGCCUUUCCUGUGGUGGUAGAGACAGCAGGCGAGGGCAUCCCAGGAUCUGAUCAGGGGCCAGACGGGCCAGACGGAGUCAUGGACGUGAACACAAAAGCCAGGGAGGGGCCUGAGGACCAGGGCGAGCCCAGCCCAGCUGUAGAGACAGGGGGCGCCCAGGAGGACCGCCCCCUGGAGGGCCAGGCACCAGGGAUGUUGAAGGAGGAUCUGGAAGCUGCGUCCUCUGAGGAAGAGGGUGGUGACCUCAGCAGAGGCGAGGAAGGAGGCGUUCCACCCCAAGAAGAAUCAGAAGAGGACAGCGGCCAUGGGGCUAGUUCAGAGGAAGCAGGGGGCUCCUCCGAGGAAGUGGGGGAACCCCAGGAAGCAGCAGGAAACCCAAGCCAUGGGGACGAGGGGGCUCAGCUGAGCUCGGAGGAACCGAAUCCAGGGCCCGAGGGGGACGAGGUCCCGGAGGCCGAGGCAGAGGAGCCCGUGGAGGGGCCUCAGGAAGAGGCGGAGGAUGUGAGCGAAGAAGCCCCACUCAGGGACCGCUCCCACAUCGAGAAAACUCUGAUGCUGAACGAGGACAAGCCAGCUGAUGAUUACUCUGCGGUACUGCAGCGGCUUCGAAAGAUCUACCAUUCGUCCAUCAAACCCCUGGAGCAGUCUUACAAAUACAAUGAGCUUCGGCAGCACGAGAUCACAGAUGGGGAAAUCACUUCCAAGCCAAUGGUGCUGUUCCUGGGACCGUGGAGCGUUGGCAAAUCCACCAUGAUAAACUACCUCCUUGGGUUAGAAGAUACUCGUUACCAGCUUUAUACAGGCGCUGAGCCCACCACCUCUGAGUUCACGGUCCUCAUGCACGGGCCCAAGCUCAAAACCAUCGAGGGUAUUGUCAUGGCUGCUGACAGUACCCGGUCCUUCUCACCCCUCGAGAAGUUUGGCCAGAAUUUCCUGGAAAAGCUGAUUGGCAUUGAGGUUCCCCACAAACUUCUAGAGCGGGUCACUUUUGUGGAUACACCAGGCAUCAUUGAGAACCGAAAGCAGCAAGAAAGAGGCUACCCCUUCAACGAUGUGUGCCAGUGGUUCAUUGACAGAGCUGACCUCAUCUUUGUCGUCUUUGAUCCAACCAAGCUGGACGUGGGUCUGGAGCUGGAGAUGCUGUUCCGCCAGCUGAAGGGGCGUGAAUCCCAGAUAAGGAUCAUCCUGAACAAGGCUGACAACCUGGCCACACAGAUGCUUAUGCGGGUCUAUGGGGCUCUCUUCUGGAGCUUGGCCCCGCUCAUCAAUGUCACUGAGCCCCCAAGGGUCUAUGUUAGCUCCUUCUGGCCACAAGACUACAAACCCGAUACUCAUCGGGACCUGUUUCUCAAGGAAGAGAUCUCUCUCCUGGAAGACCUGAACCAGGUGAUCGAGAACAGGUUGGAGAACAAGAUUGCCUUCAUCCGACAGCAUGCCAUCCGGGUUCGCAUCCAUGCCCUCUUGGUCGACCGCUAUCUGCAGACGUACAAGGACAAAAUGACCUUCUUCAGUGACGGAGAGCUGGUCUUUAAGGACAUUGUGGAAGAUCCUGAUAAAUUCUAUAUCUUCAAGACCAUCCUGGCAAAGACCAAUGUCAGCAAAUUUGACCUUCCCAACCGCGAGGCUUACAAGGACUUCUUUGGGAUCAACCCCAUUUCCAGUUUUAAGCUCCUGUCCCAGCAGUGCUCCUACAUGGGGGGCUGCUUUCUGGAGAAGAUUGAGCGGGCCAUCACCCAUGAGCUCCCUGGCCUCCUGGGAAGCCUGGGGCUGGGGAAGAAUCCAGGUGCUCUCAACUGUGACAAAACAGGGUGUGGUGAAACCCCAAAGAAUCGCUAUAAGAAACACUAGGUUGUUGUGUGGCCAUUCUCGGGUUCCUGUUGGUGAAUGAGCUUGUGUCCUAACUGUCUGAGAAGUCCUGGUUUAUUAGCCCUUUGAGCCACGCUGGCAAGAACCAUUACACAUUGGAGAUUUGGGAGUUAAUUGAGGCCAGUGGUGGGGGAAGGUGUGGGUCGAGGGAGGAGAGUGGAAACUGUGAAUUAUAGUGUGCUUGUCUCAUUGCUUCAAUUAGGAGGCCUGAUUGAGGCAAGUCAGGCCACACCUGCUUUUCCUGGGUCCUAUCUUGAAGGGACAGAGAGCAGCUAAAUUCUAGUGUGUACUGAAUUAAUGAGCAUUAAAUAAGCUAAAAGCAGCUGAAGUCCCCUUUCCCCCAUAAGCUAGGAAAAGAGAAGACUUGAGUCUGUAGGGCUGCCCAGGUCCAUUGUGGCUGCCUUCCACACAGUCUUCUGUUUGUCCCCAGCCCUGAGCUAUCUCCUACACUUGGGGUGACGUCAACGGAGGACAAUCUCUAGGGCCUGAAUCAACUUUGGUUUCAAGCCUACCCCCAGUCUCUCUUCCCUGUUUUCUCAAGGGGUGGGAGGGAUGGUUUUGGAUACCCAAACACAAAGAGAGAAUGAGAGUUCCCAGGCCAAGAGAAGGAUAUGCCUCCCCCAUGCCAUUUCUCUGAUGUGGUGUUCUAAGCCGCUGGGAAGCUGAGUCCCUUUAUUGGCCCCAAGAGGAGGGUCCGUGUUCUGUGUAUUCAGGUAGUUCACUGGAAGUCACUUCAGUGAAAGUACUGGAAGGGCUCAGAGGGUUAAUUGGUUUGCAGUGUGUCUUUGUUUAUUGCAUGUCUUGGAAAACCUGGACCCCAAAGUCAUUGGGUUUCAGAGGGGACAAUGGAGACCUUGCUCCUUUUCGUUGGGGACUUCUCUGGGCAGCCCACCUUUUCCAAAUUUAAGAGGAGGCUGUGUCCACAACUUCUCUGUGGAGACACUCAGCAGAAGAGUUGUUCCUUCCUGGUUUUCAUCACCAUGGCUUUCUCUUUCCCUUCUUCUCCAUUCCCUGAUGUGCCAACACUCAAAACUCACAGGAGUCAGAACCAGCACCAGCCACUCAGUGUCAGUGACAACUAAGGCUUAACCUUCAGUUUCCCACUUGAACUUGAUGCUGAUACCCACUGGACACGCUGCAGGAAAGCCUGGGCCUUCAAAUACCGAUAAGUGUGGAUAUUUGUGCAUUAUGUUGUCCAAGAGAGAUUAGGGAGGUAACAGGUGCCAGCAGGCAAAAGAACUUGUUGUGAGAGUCCUGCCUAGCAGGUGUGCCACCCAGGAGGGCAGCGAGGGACAGAGUAUGGGGGAAGGACCCUGGAAGGAAGAGGCCAUUUGACAAAAAGUGGGUGAGUGAAGAGUCUGUGCAAAUCCUGGAGACCUGGCCCAGGGCUGCCCCGAGGGGCUCCUGCCUAGUGAGCCAGCCUUUCUUGGGAGUUUUACCAGGAGGCAUGGGUCAGGACCUGCCAGCACCAGGAGGUCAUCCUGGUGCAGAAGGAAAGUGACGAUGGAGCCAGAGGGAGAGGCACUGAGGAUUAGGCAGUGGAAGUAAACUGGCGAUCAGAUUAGGUCCAUGCAGAGAACUGCAACUUCGGAAUUCCUGUUUCUCAGAAUUAGUAGCACUCUGGUACAGCUGCAACAGGGGCUGCUGCUUUUGGCUUUGUGGAGGACCCGGAACCUCCCACGAGAAAGCCAGAGGCUCCUCAGCCUCCAGGACAUUGUUUCUAAGUACAGAACCAACAGAGAAGAAAAAGGGUCUGCUAGGGGUGUCCAAGGAACCUGGUGACAGGGCCCGAGGAGCUACUUUUCUUCUCGCCAAGAACCAACCCUCUCUGUUAUUUGCCCUCUCAAGAGUCUGCUCUCCCACCUUGCUCCUUAAUGCCCCUCAAUGCACUUGAGCUCCUCUCGGCAUAUCCGUGUUUCUCAGUGCAGUAGGGGAAAUAAAAUGUGCAGAACUGUAUGGGCAUUGUCAUAGCUGCUGUCACCGUUGCUUUGGGGGAAGAAGGUGAAAUGAAGCUAAUACAUUCAUAUAUUUAUGUUUUCAGGGGGGUGACAUUGUCGGUGUGAUUUCCCCCCCUUUUCUUUUCUCCAUCCAUUUCCCUUUUCUUACUCCUGAUCCUGGGCUCACUCCUUGAUUUACCUUUUCUCUAACUGUCCCCAGGCUUGCCUGUCAGAGAGCUUGGACUUGAAGAGCUGUUUUGUGCCCCAUUCUGUGGAGGUGGAUUUUAAACAGAAUUCUGACUUUUUU